CGACACUAGACCUCUGCGAUCCUAGAGGCCCCCCGCCGCCCCGACUCCAUCCCCCACGCUGUCGCUUGUUCCCGGCCCUCUCAGUUCCGCGCUGCCCCUUAAAAGCUGGGGACUGGGCACAGGAACGACAGGCGUUGCAGCCAAUGGCGUCCCGCACGGUAAAGCUGCUACCCAAUCAAAAGGCGCGGCUGCGAGGGAACGGCGUGGAACCACGCCCGGCUCCAGGUGACUCCUUGGCAGGGAGGGGAGAGUUCCUCUGUCAGCUGAUAGGAUCCCCGCUGGGUCCGUUUCUCGGGGAGAUUUACCGGGGACCAACCUACGGGAGCGCGCGGGCAGUGACCCGCCGCGGAAUUCUUGUGUGCUGUAGUCGAGAACGAGAGUGAUGGAGGAGCAUCGAGAGGCUGGGAAGGAGAGCAAGCCCUCCUCCAUGUCCGUGGACCUGCAGGGAGACAGCUCCUUACAGGUGGAGAUCUCUGAUGCCGUCAGCGAGCGGGACAAGGUGAAAUUCACUGUUCAAACCAAGAGCUGCGUCCCUCACUUCGCCCAGACCGAGUUCUCAGUCGUGCGACAUCAUGAGGAGUUCAUCUGGCUACACAAUGCCUACGUGGAAAACGAGGAGUACGCCGGUCUCAUUAUCCCCCCAGCCCCUCCAAGGCCAGACUUUGAGGCUUCGAGGGAAAAACUGCAGAAGCUGGGUGAGGGAGACAGCUCUAUCACGCGGGAAGAGUUUGCCAAAAUGAAGGAGGAGCUGGAAGCGGAGUAUCUGGCCAUCUUUAAGAAGACAGUUGCGAUGCACGAAGUCUUUCUGCAGCGCCUGGCGGCCCACCCCACCCUGCGUCGAGACCACAACUUCUUUGUCUUUUUGGAAUAUGGCCAGGAUCUGAGUGUCCGAGGAAAGAACAGGAAGGAGCUCCUUGGGGGGUUUCUGAGGAAUAUUGUGAAGUCUGCAGAUGAAGCCCUCAUCACUGGCAUGUCAGGGCUCAAGGAGGUGGAUGACUUCUUCGAGCAUGAGAGGACCUUCCUGCUGGAGUACCACACCCGCAUCCGGGACGCCUGCCUUCGGGCAGACCGAGUCAUGCACUCUCACAAGUGCCUGGCAGAUGAUUAUAUCCCUAUCUCAGCUGCACUGAGCAGUCUGGGAACACAGGAAGUCAACCAGCUAAAGACGAGCUUCCUCAAAUUGGCAGAGCUCUUUGAACGAUUAAGGAAACUGGAGGGCCGAGUGGCUUCUGAUGAGGACCUGAAGCUGUCGGACAUGCUGAGGUACUACGUGCGCGACUCACAGGCAGCCAAGGUGAGAGGUGGCCCCAGAGCAGACCUCAGGGCUGGAGCCACCAGGGAGGGCGGGCAGGCAGGCAAGGGCCGUGGGCCAGGGAUCCUGUGCCCCUGCCGGCCCCAGGGCCUGCUGUACCGGCGGCUGCGGGCGCUGGCAGACUAUGAGAAUGCCAACAAGACACUGGACAAGGCGCGCACCAGGAACCGGGAGGUGCGGACCGCCGAGAGCCACCAGCAGCUGUGCUGCCAGCGCUUCGAACGCCUCUCCGACUCAGCCAAGCAGGGUAAGCCCCACGGCCCUGGUGCCCCUGCCACUGCACUGCUGACCCUGCCGGGGUCCCCAUUCCUCUCUUCUCCAGAGCUCAUGGACUUCAGAUCCCGCCGCGUCUCCUCUUUCCGCAAGAACCUCAUGGAGCUGGCGGAGCUGGAGCUCAAACAUGCUAAGGCCAGCACCCUGCUUCUCCGGAACACCCUUGUCAUCCUCAAGGGAGAACCUUAGAGCCACCAGAGUCCCCCCAGACCUCCCACCCCAGCAAGAUGCCUCCUUCCCCACCCCAGGAGCCACUCACCAUGCCCCGUGACUUCUCAGGGCAAGGCCCACCCCCACCCCAAGGUGCCAGGCCCUGCAAGAUAGGGCAGCAUGGGCACCACACUUGGCCACAGGUAAGCAGAGCCCUCACCUGGGGAAACCCAGGGGCCCUGACCUCCCUCCCCAGAGGCUAUGGGGCAGCCGCAACCCACCUCUGGCCCCCCAAAUUCAUUUGUCUCCAGCUGGUUCACAAAUAAAAAGCCUGGUUCUGUAGCAAGGAGGCUUGCUUGUCCUGACUUCCCAGUUGGAGGGCCCACCAAGUACAUCCUCUAUCGGGGCACCAUGGUAGAGACCAGAUCCGGGGGGGACACCCCUGCAGUUUCUUCAGCCACUUUUCAGAGUGCCAGUAGUGCUCUCUGUGGGAAGGUACAAGACCCAGAACUUGGAAUCCAGGAGCAGUGUUCAAGGCGU